AUGGAUUCUCGCUCGUCGUCCGUCGUCGCCGAGUCUCCUGGCGACGAUUCCGCCUCGCCAAUCCAUUCCCUAUCCGACGACCUUCUCACCUCCAUACUCCGCCUAGUCCUCUCCGCCAAUCCCACCGCAUCCGAUACAAGCACAUCCGAUAUAAGCACCAGUGUUUGUCGCACACCGUACCAGGUGGCUCUCGUCUGCAAGCGCUGGUCCUGCGUCGCGCCUCUCGCGCUCACCACCCUCACAGUCCUCUCCGCCUCUUCCGCCGCCUCCCCCGCCGCCUCCUUUUCCCCCAAACGGGAGCUCCUAUGCCGCCGCCUCGAGCAAGCGCUGCGCAAGUUCCCGAGCCUGACUCGCCUGCACCUCGACAGCCACACGAUCGAUUUUAUCGACGAUCGCUUCCUGCGCGCCCUAGGCUCGGCAUGCCCGAACCUGACGUACCUCUUCCUCGGCAAGGUUCGGCUGCCGGUUCGGCCGCCGCUCGUCGACGCGGUGAGCGAGGCGGGCCUCGCGAGCGUGUUUCGCGGAUGCCGGCGGCUCGAGCACGUGAGCGUGCACUGCGCUCCGAAUAUUAAAUCACUUCCCGCGUCGCUCCUCGAUCUCCCCGCGCUGCGCCGGCUGCAGCUCGAAGCGCCGAGUUUAAAGCUCUUCCCGGAAGUCUCCCGGGGGAGAUUAAGUACGCUCCGCGAUUUGCGGCUGCUGUCGUGCAACGCGCUGCCGUGCCUGCCGGACUCCCUGGGCGACCUCGCGGGUCUCACGCAUCUGCGCAUCGAGAAAUCCGACAAUCUCGAGCAGCUGCCUGAUUCGCUAUGCGACCUGCAGCUGCUCGACGUCCUCGUUAUAAGCUCCUGCUACUGGCUCACGUCGCUGCUCGACGAUCUCGGGCAGCUGCCGUGCUUACGCGUGCUCGAGUUGGAAGGCUGCGGAGACCAGCUGACCUGUCUGGGGGAGCUCCAAUUAGAAGACAUCGACAAUCUUUUGGGCCUGCCCGAUCCAGUAACGAGCCUCGGGCAGCUGGAAAAACUUGUUCUGGGGCUGUCCUGCUCGCCGAGCCUGCCCGAAUCUGUAGGCGCGCUGACCCGUUUGAAAGAGCUGCAGCUGCGGCACUGUAAGGGGUUAACGGGACUGCCUGUAGCGAUGCGCGCGAUGACGCGGCUGGAGCGGCUGGUGGUGGAGGAGUGCUGCGAGCUGGUGGCGCUGCGGCUGCCGGAAGGGGAGGGCGCGGUUGCGACUAGAAGGGAGGGAGGGCUGGAUGGGGGAGGACAAUUCCUGGAGCGGCUGGUGGUAACCAGGUGUACCGCGCUACAGUGGGCGCCGGGGAACGUGGCUCAGAUGCAGGGGUUGCGGGAGCUGAGGCUGGAUGGGUGCAGAACGGUGCUGCUGCCGCCAUCUCUGGCAUGCUUGGGGCGGCUGGAGAGGCUGAUUGUAGUAAGUAAUGGGUGUAGUGGGAGCGGCGUGGGAGCGGGGGUGGAUGUGGGGAAGGGGAUAGGGGUGGACAUAGAUGGUGGCAUGGAUGGUAGCAGCAGCAGCGACAGCAGAAGUGGACACGGGUGUGUUACAACCGAUGAAGGUGCUGCAGGCGGUUGUGGCACUCCAAGUAGUGGCAACACUACAGAUUGUGCGAGCAUGGUUGCAACCACAACAAGCAGUGGCAGCAGCUCCAAUGGCUCUGGUGGCGCAGUGACUGUUGGCACUAGUGCUGCUGCUACCGAUAACUUUGGUGCUAGUGCUACCAUUAUUGCCGCUGGUCGCAGAGGUGGUGGCAGUAGUGAGAGCAUGGCUGCAGUCCAUCCAGUCCCUCUUCUACCCACGAGCCCUUCUCCUCCUUCCUCCCCUCGCCGCCCCUCACCCUCCCACCCGGCAUGGCUGGCGCAGCUGAGGGAGCUGGAGGUGAGCGGCUUUGACUCCCACUCCACCCUGCCGCCCUCCCUCGCCUCCCUCUCCCUCCUCACCCGCCUCUGCCUUACCGGUUCCAUCAAGCUCGCCUCCCUGCCUGACCUCCCCUGUGGUGCGGUUGUUGCUGGUACUGAUUCCUCUUGCUGCUGUGGUUUCCCCUCCUCCUCCUCCUCCUCCUCCUGCUCCUCCUCCUCCUUGAAAACCCCUUCUCCCACUGCCCCCAACGGUACUUUCUUCCUCCACCUCACCAACCUGAGAGACCUGCAGCUCGACUCCUGCCUCUCCCUCUCCGCCCUCCCCUCCUCCCUCUCCUCUCUCUCCUCCCUCACCCGCCUCCACCUCGCCUUCUGCUCCUCCCUCUCCUCCCUCCCCCCACGCCUCUCCUCCCUCUCCCACCUCCGCUCCCUCAACCUCCAGGAAUGCAUCUCCCUCACCUCCCUCCCCCCCUCCCUCUCCGCUCUCGUCCGCUUGGAAGGGCUUUACCUUAAAGGGUGUAUCCAGCUGGAAAGCCUUCCAGGUGACAUCGGCUAUUUACCGAGGCUAAGGGAGUUGGUCGUGCUGCAGCGCAUGCUUUCAGCCCGCAGGCGGGCAGGAGAGGCGUCGGCAGUAAUGGCAGCAUCGGCAGAGGCAGCGACAGCAGCAUCAGAGAGGGUGAGCGACCCGUGCUGCUGCGCUGCGAGGGCUUGCAGGGGAGCAACCGCGUGCGCGCGUUAG